AUGAUUGAACCUGGAUUGAACAAUCUAGCAUGUCAUAUUUCAUUAGACAAUUGUACACAACAAUUUAACAUAAUUUCAGGUACCUCAAUGUCUUGUCCUCAUCUCAACGGCAUUGUAUGGCUGUUGAAAAACUCUCUUCCAAAUUGGUCACCGACUGAUAUAAAAUCAGCAACCAUGACAACUGCUAACAAGGUUAAUCUUCAUGGAAAGGGUAUUUUGGAUCAAAGACUUCUACCAACUGAUGUAUUUGUGACCGGUGCUCGACAUGUUAACCCUUUGAAAGAACACGAUUCAAGACUUGUUUAUGACAUUGAAACAAAUGAUUACAUUCCUUAUUUGUGCAUUUUGAAUUAUAUUGAUAAACAAGUCAGACUUAUUUUCCAACAUAAAGUGAAAUGA